AUGCAGCUGUACCUUCUCAGUCAAGAUUCCGACCGCGGACAAGGCUCCAUCGAGAUUGACGGCCUGCAUUGGGGACUGACAACCCACAACUUGGACGCAUCUGAUGUCGAGGAAGUACAAUUCACUUGCGUCUCGUAUACGUGGGGCGAAGGGAGAGAAAGCAGUCCCUUUCAUCCCUCUCACGAAGUUUCCGACCGGACCAUACCCGCGCUGACCGCCGUUGUCAGACAUCGCCCGUCUUGCACCCACAUCUGGAUCGAUGCAUUCUGUGUGCCUGUCGACGCUGCCCCCGAGAGGGCUCACACCCUGGAGAGCAUGGGCUACAUCUACUCCCGGGCCAAUGAAGUCAUUGUGGUGCUAUCCGUGUCCGCCCACCCUGUACUCCAGAAGAUGAACGCGUCCGAUCGCGUCGACCCCGUCCAUCUCGAUAUCUUAGAGAGGGAAGAGUGGGUUUCGAGGGCAUGGACGUAUCAGGAGGCGGCGAACAGCAAAGUCCUUUACAUCACCUGCGAGGAGUCCCACGGGGUCAUCAUCCCAGGCAAUCAUUUCCUGAACUGCCUUGGCUACACGCUGACUCGCCUCGAUGGCUCAGUCCCCUCGGCAAGCGAAAAGAGGCAGCGAUACCCUCGUCUCGACGCAUUCGAGGACCUGAUCGCCGAGUACAUGCUCGCUGGAUAUCAGGAGCGCUCCGCCUUGCAAGUCAUGUCCAACAUGGACCGUCGCACACAACGCCACGCCGAGGACCAUUUCUAUGCCAUGAUCGGCGCCAUCAGCACGGCACGCGCCAGCUCCACCCCGGCUCUGGAUCCUUGCGAGGCGUUCAUGACCCUGUGUGAGAGGAAGGGAGACUACUCAUUCAUCUAUUCUGCCGCGAAGCGGGACUCGACGCCGUCGAAACGCUGGCGUCCGGUGCCAGGAGAUCUCCCAGCCAUCCUACCUUGGCAUUGUUACGGUGAGGGCCAGCCGGGUCACAAAGAGUCCGGGACAUUGUAUCUCGACCUGAUGCUGCCGCUCGGGGUCUCGCCAAUUGUUGACGACGGAAAGGAGUUUGUGCAAGCAUGGCUUGCUGCGAGCAAAUUCGUCUCUGUCGGGCCUGGUGACUCCCUCCAGGAAGCGGCCCAUGCGGCCCUUCGGGUCAUGGGCUUCAAAGGAAGUCCAGACUGCGUGACCACUUCGCAUGGCUUCUUCUUCCCGUCAGAGCGAAUCUCUGCCGACAAAGAAUUCACAGUCCUGGUCGCAACGGCGGUACGAUGGAGUUUUGGUGCGCCGGCCCUUGCUCGCUGCCGCCACGGAAACGAGGAAACGUUCACUCCGGGGGCUUUUUUUGGCCGUGUUGACAAUGAAGCUGCUGUCUCGGUCAGGGUAUCAUGA